GAAAAACCGUUUCUUUCACAUCCCCACGCGAUAAUCUCGAGUCCCCUCCGCGUCAUUUCUGACCGCUCUCGCACGUCAUACACAUCAAAACACCAAACCAUUCAUCAUGUCUAACCUCGACUGGGAUUCCGCCACCAAGAUUGGAAGCCGUGUUCGCGGUCCUGGCGCUUCGGACCGCGAGACCGUCAUCCGAGGAAAGAGUGCGCUGAACGCUGCCCAGCGAGCCGGUGCUGCCAUUGCCACAGAGAAGAAGUACUCUACUGCCAACUCGGCCGGCGGUACUGAGGGCCAGCGACUCACAAAGGUCGAUCGCUCCGACGACAUCAUCAAGCCCAAGACGGUCGGAAAGGAAGUCGGAAAGGCCAUUGAGCAGGGCCGCCAGAAGUUUGAGCCCACCAUGACCCAGGCCGAGCUCGGCAAGAAGAUUGGCGAGACCGCUGCCACAGUCGCCUCGUACGAGCGCGGUACUGCCACGCCUGACCAGAACAUCCUCUCCAAGAUGGAGCGGGUGCUCAACGUCAAGCUGCGGGGUGCCAACAUUGGUGCCCCCCGCUUGGGCCCCAAGAAGAAAUAAGUCAAUGACGUCCUUCAGAACGGCGAUUUUGAGGACUUAGAAAGAGAGAGGGAAACAUGCAGUGUGCGAUUGGACGGAGGGCGCGAUAAAUCGCGCGGCUUCUCGCCCUGGCGGCUGCGGCCUUGAAUGCGCAAGCGAUGCGCCUUCGGCGAUACAUGAGGGGACUACAAAACCGUUUCGUUAUAGAUGGGAUAUGGUGGUAUUCCUGCGUGUACAGCAGAGAGCGG